AUGAGCAUCCUCAAUGAGUUUGGUGGUGUAGUUCUUUUGAGUGUAGUAGUGUUAUGCGGUUUGGUGAUUUGGAAGAAACGCAACAGUAGAAGCUUUGCUCCUACAAAUUGGCCAGUCCUGGGAAUGUUGCCAGGGAUCGUCCAGAAUGCUCACCGUUUCCUCGACUAUGCAACGGAGCUUCUCAGACACAAUGGUGGCACAAUCGAGAUCAAAGGCCCAUGGUUUGCUAACUCUACCUUCAUGCUUCUCACUUGUGACCCAGCCAACAUCAACCACAUCCUCUGCAAAAACUUCAACAACUACCCAAAGGGUCCCCAUUUCAACAAAAUCUUUCAGAUUCUGGGAGAUGGGAUUAUCAACACUGACUCCCACUUAUGGGAGCUCCACAGGAAGACCACCAUGCCCCUCAUGAACCACCCAAACUUCCGCGCUUCCCUAGAGAGGAACGUCUUGCACAAGAUGGAAAAUGGACUGUUCCCGGCUCUCGACCAUUACGUUCAACUGGGAACCUGCUUUGAUUUGCAACAACUUUUCCAAAGGGUGGGUUUUGACAUUAGUUGCCAACAGUUUCUAGAUAAGGAUCCCGGUUGCCUCUCCGUUGAGUCACUGGGAGGGGGAGACUAG